AUGUCUUUCUGCAAGAACUGGGCCUCGCCUUUUCUGAACAGCUUAUGGUCAGAAACAUCUGAAACCUGGCAAGAAAACCAGGAGGAUUGGAGAAUUGUUGGGACAAACCCAUUCAAGCGGAGGUCUGAAAACGCAUGCAAGAUAGAACGCAGGAUUACUGAUAUUCCCUCCAAGCAUGUGGCUGACAAUAUAGAAAACUCGUUUAGAUUUAUGUCCAUAACACCCGAAACUCACUACUACAUUAUACAGUUUGAGAGUAAAAGGCUUGACGUUGCAUUUGUAGACGUUAACAUUAAUGUCAAAAAGAACUCAUAUGUGAUACUUGAGGCAGAUAGAGGAGAAGACUGUGGAAUCGUGAUGGGAGUAACUACAAAAGAAAAGCUUGAGAAAUUACUUAAGAAAUACGAUGACAUCUCUAAUGAAGUCCAACCAAAAAGAAUAUACAGGUUAGCCACACUCCUGGACCUUGAGGCACUAGAAAGAAAAAGGAGUAUGCAAGCAAGAGCGUUAGAGUUUUGUAGAGAAAGGGCUAUGCUAGGCGGGUUAGAUAUGGAAGUUGUUGGGUGCGAAUACCAAUGGGACCUUAACAAAAUUACUUUUUACUUUGCUAGUGAUGAAAGAGUGGACUUUAGAGAAUUGGUGAAGGAGCUUUAUCGAGUAUACAAGACAAGAAUAUGGAUGUGCGCCAUUGAAAAGUCAAAGAAUAAGUACUUGAAGGAGCUUAUUGAGCUUUAA